UUCAAGUCGUUAUUUUGUCCUCAAGCCUCAAAUGAAGAACAGUCUGAGUGUUCUUUGAUAUGAAUUAAAUAUUAAUAUAGGGGAACACCAUUUGCCUGGUUAAUGUCACUCUUAUACAUGGAGUUACAUAAUACAUAGCUUGCAUAUUUGCCAGGCUGUAGUGCUGCUGUCGGGUUAUUUGAGGCCGAAAACAUUGCGGAGUGACAGCUCGGUAGCUUGAGCUGUUUAUCUAUUUUGCUAGCUAGCCUGCUAACUCGAGGGGUUCGAGAGGAAGGAAAAAUAAGUAAGGAAUUUGGACAACCCCGUCCUUCAGGCAGAGAGGGCUGCGGCUGCCCUUUUUCUGUCAAAGCUGCCGACGGAAUGGCGCACCUACGCGACAUGCAGAACCAGAAUUCCAGACUCGAUCCUGAGGAGUACUUCACCAAGCAGGAACGCAUUGGGAAAGGCUCUUUUGGAGAGGUGUAUAAGGGCAUCAACAACCGUACUAAAGAGGUGGUGGCCAUCAAGAUCAUUGACCUGGAGGAGGCAGAGGACGAGAUUGAAGAUAUACAGCAGGAGAUCACUGUGCUUAGUCAGUGUGACAGUCCCUUUGUCACCAAGUACUAUGGCUCCUACCUGAAGGGCACCAAGCUGUGGAUCAUCAUGGAGUAUUUGGGAGGGGGCUCAGCUCUUGACCUGCUACGUCCUGGGCCUCUAGAGGAGACAUAUAUCGCCACCAUACUGAGGGAAAUACUGAAGGGACUGGAAUACCUUCACUCUGAGAGGAAGAUACACAGAGAUAUUAAAGCUGCCAAUGUCCUGCUGUCAGAACAAGGCGACGUGAAGCUGGCAGACUUUGGCGUGGCAGGCCAGCUGACAGACACCCAGAUCAAGAGGAACACGUUCGUGGGCACGCCGUUCUGGAUGGCGCCCGAGGUCAUUAAACAGUCUGCUUAUGAUUUCAAGGCGGAUAUCUGGUCUCUGGGCAUCACAGCCAUAGAGCUGGCCAAAGGGGAGCCCCCCAACUCAGAUCUGCACCCCAUGAGGGUCCUCUUCCUCAUCCCCAAGAACACCCCUCCCACCCUGGAGGGAUCCUACAGCAAGCCCUUCAAAGAGUUUGUGGAGGCCUGUCUCAAUAAAGACCCACGCUUUCGGCCGACGGCCAAGGAGCUGGUGAAGCACAAGUUCAUCACACGCUACACGAAGAAGACCGCCUACCUGUCGGAGCUCAUCGACCGGUACCGGCGCUGGAAGUCUGAAGGCCACGGGGGGGAGUCCAGCUCGGACGACUCGGACAUGGACGCCGAUGGUGAUGACAACCAUUGCCCCGUGUGGACCUUCCCGACGGUGCGACCCAGCUCCAUGAACAAACUACAGAAGGGCUACACACACACCGAUACCGAGUCGGCGGAUUCGGUUAAACGGCUACCCAAGUCACAGUGUUUGUCGGCAUUGGUCACUCCCAUUUUCAAAGAGCUGAAAGAGAAGCGAAAAGCUGCCGGAGGGAGCGUGGGGGCCAUAGAGGAGCUGGAGAACGCCUUUAACCUGGCCGAGGAGUCCUGUCCCGGCAUCUCGGACCGCCUUGUCACACACAUGAUGGAGAGAGUCUGCAGGUUCUCUCUCAACGGUAACACCACCCCGUCAUCCAGGUGAACCCCUGCUGGCUGCAACUCCCAACCAUCUACGUCUGUCCCCCAUUAAUGCCCCAAAAGGAC